CGGAAGAGACGCUGGCGUCGAUGAUUCACGGUGAGGGACUGAGCGGAGCAGACCGAGCAGAGCGCACCAUCAUGGGAGCGAACAUGGUCUCACUGUGGCUGACAUGGGCUUGUCUCGUGCAGAGCUCUGGGAUGUUGUGUCAUGUGGAGAGAUAUGAAGUGGUCACACCUCAGAGACUUCAGGGGAGACAGAAGAGGAGCCUGCAGGACAACCAGCUUUUUCCUGAUCUGGUUCAGUACAAGUUGGCCAUUGAAGGGAGGAACCACACAAUUCAUCUGGAAAAAAACAGGAAUCUUAUUGGUAGAGGCUACACUGAAACACACUAUUCAGAAGAUGGAAAACGUGUGACUGCAUCACCAAAUGAGGAGCACUGCUACUAUCACGGCCAUGUUGAAGGCAUGAAGGACUCUUCAGUCAGUGUUGGAAUAUGUUCGGGCAUUAGUGGCUUUGUUAGAGCCCAGAAGCAGGUUUACCUGAUAGAGCCUCUGGGACAGUCUGAGGAUGAUGAGCAUGCAGUUUAUAGACGGGAGGACCUGAACAUCAGCGGCAGCCCCGGCUGUGGCUCCUCGUCCAACACCACCAUGCAGGACCAGGACCAGGACCCGCGGGUCUCUGGCCUCUUCAGGUCCAGAUCAUGGAAAACUAAAACCAUUGAAGGUCCACAGAGGUUUGUCGAGCUGUUUGUGGUGGUGGACAAUACUGAGUAUAAACGAUAUGGAAGUGAGACUAAAUCCCGUGUUCUUGGAGUUAUAAAUCACGUUGACAAGCUGUAUCGACCUCUGAACAUCCAUGUCAUGCUGGUGGGCUUGGAGAUUUGGACCUACAGAGACUACAUUGCCGUUGACAUUAAUUCGGAGACUACCCUGGACAAUUUCCUCCUGUGGCGUCAGGCCGAUCUUCUGCAGAGGACGAAGCACGACAAUGCCCAAUUUGUGACUGGCAAAGACUUUGACGGAGACACAGUUGGACUGGCAAAUAAGUUUGCCAUGUGUACUGAAAACUCAGGGGGAGUCAAUCAGGAUCACCAUGAUAACCCAAUAGGCCUCGCCUCCACCAUCGCUCAUGAGAUGGGACAUAAUUUUGGCUUGUCACAUGAUGCCGCAGGUUGUAUGUGUGGUCCGUCUUACAGCAGCGGGAACUGUGUGAUGGCAGAAAAGCUCAAGACAGGAAAUCAAGCGUUCCCGGAGUUGUUCAGCAGCUGCAGUGUGGAGCAGCUUGCUGAAUUCAUGGUGCGAGCUCAGCCCAGCUGCUUGUCCAAACCCAGCUCCGUCAUGACCGUCGCUGCGGGCCCUAGCUGCGGGAACAACCUGGUGGACCCUGGAGAGGAGUGUGACUGUGGCACUGUGGAGGAAUGCAAGAACCUUUGUUGUGAUGCUUCAACAUGUCGCCUUACUGAAGGAUCCCAGUGUGCUCACGGACAAUGCUGUAACAACUGCCAGUUCAAACUGGCUGGAAGUGAAUGCAGAAAGUUAGCCAGUGACUGUGACCUGCCUGAAUACUGCACCGGAGCGUCAGAGGAUUGUCCUGAAGAUAGCUUUGAGAUGAACGGCAAGCCCUGCUACGACCAGGCACAGGGCUACUGCUACGACGGACAAUGCCCCACACAUCAGCAGCACUGCUGGCGGCUGUUUGGACCAGAGGCCAGAGUUGGACCAGAUAUUUGUUUUAAUCUGAACAGACGGGGCGAAGAAGGUGCUAACUGUGGGGGGAACAAAUUUGGCUACACCCGCUGCACUACACAGAAUCUUAAGUGUGGAACUAUAUUUUGCGGAGGGGGAGGCGAGUCCAUCACGGGUAAAAGGGCGGCCUACACUGUGCACAACAUCGAAUGUAAACUAGCUGUGGAUGACGAUAAGACCAGAAAAAUCGACAUGGUGCCAAAAGGAACCAAAUGUGGACCAAAUAAGGUUUGCCUUGAUAACAGAUGUGUGGAAAUGUCAAUUUAUGGGAAAAAGGAGGACUGUGCAAAGAAAUGCAACAACAACGGGGUGUGUAAUCACAAGAAAGAGUGCCACUGUAAUCCGGGCUGGGCUCCACCCUACUGUGACAUCCAGUAUGCAGAUUUACCUCAAGGUCAGAGUGGGAUAAUAGCCGGUGUGUGUGCAGCUCUCGCCAUCCUUCUGCUCAUCACUGCAGUGACCGCAGGGCUAAUGUGCUGUAAGAAGGACAACAGGGACAACUACACCUCCAAAAGGAAAGUGCAUUCAGCUACCGACAAGUUGAACCCGAUGUUUCAGGAGCCAAGUGUUAAAGACAGACCUCAGAUCAGUCAGCCCACUUUCCUGGAGUCAACAGCAUCACAAGCCUGCACUCCUCUGAUCGUUACUGUGAGUCCCAGCAGAGCCCCUCCACAGCCACCAAAGAAACUGUCUUCUGUGUCGCCGACCUCACAAGCUGAGCCGGCAACACCUCUACCUCCAUGUAAACACUUACCUCUUCUGAGCAAAACGCAGUUUAAUGCAGCCAAACCAAGUCCUCCUCCUGUACCUCCAGUCAAGCCCAGCCCUCCUCCGGCUGCCAGAGUCAAGCCUUGCUCUCCUCCUCCUCCCCCAGCGAAGCCACAAGUUCUUAGACUCGCAUGAAAGUCUCAUUAAAAGUAUCAAGUUGGACUAAAACAGAAGACAUCCAGCAUGUAGCUGUACGUGUUGAAAGAGAGCGACCCUUUUUCGGAUCAUACGUGUGAGUCACAGAGGACCAAGAGUUUGGAAAAGUUCUCGUGUUGUGAGUGACCGCGGCUUCACCGACUGAGAUUGUCUUUGAUGACCAACAGCUCCACAGCUGUGGAAAAGUGGAAAACUCUUUUCUUUAACUGCUGUAGCAAAUGUUACACGUCUGUAAGAAGUUAUUUCUGCCUUUGUUUUAGCAUUAAGUUGACUGAUUACAGCGUGAGCAAAAUGGUGCUCACAUGAUAAUGUACUUUUUUUAUAUUUAUUUGAUGCCUGUGCAAGGGACUGUAUGCAAAGCAGGGGUGUUUAUUUAAAUUCAUAUUUCCUCCCAGCAAAGGUCCGAACCUCAUGAUAUCUAAACUACGUCCUAUAGCCUCCCUACAUCUUAAAUCAGCAAUGUGCAUUUCUAUAUCAUUACAACAAUAUUUGUCAAUUUUCCAAGUAGGAUACUUCUAACAUACAGACAUUGAACCUGUGUGGAAGCACAUUUCUGCGAGUAAAAGAAAAUAUAAAGAUAAAACUUAGCCUUGUGAUGAAAACAAAAUAAGAUCCUGUGAGUCUGAAUAUAGUACUGUCAUCUCGCUGCAAAUUUAUUUAUUCUAUUUAUUUAUUUAGCAAGCUUUUUUUCCCAUUGAAAUGCUUAUUAAAGCUGAGCGUGGUCUCAGCUGCUCUUUGCACGCUGAUCAUUUUCAUACCGUCCCUAAACUGAAUCUAAAGCCAGUCUGUGCCUUGUACAAGCCUCAAUUUGUAUCACUUUGCACUGUACUUGAGAACCUAUGAAUGGUACGCACAGUCCUCUGAUGACCUGUGUAAGUUACUGUGGUUGAAACAUUUACGUGAUUGUUUUUCGUCCCAAGGGUGUGUGUGUGUGUGUGUGUGACAGAGCCUCGUUGUUUUUUAUACUGCAUGUAAAUGUGAAUGUAAAAACCGAAUGAAUUCCCAUGGGAAGCUUUUUGUUGCAACAAAUAAAGUGCACUUUAUCACAA